UUGCUUAAAACCAUCAGCUGCGGCGAUGUGCGCGCCGAACACAUUGGCAAGACGGUAACGCUGGCCGGCUGGGUGCAUCGACGCCGCGACCAUGGCGGGCUAAUCUUCAUAGACCUGCGCGACCGCGAGGGCAUCGUUCAGGUCGUCUUCAAUCCGGACAACGCACCGGACAUCCACGCUACCGCGGAGUCGCUGCGCAACGAGUGGGUCGUUCAGGUUACAGGCACUGUGACCGCAAGGCCCGAAGGCACCGAGAAUCCCAACAUGGCAACAGGUGAAGUCGAAGUCUCCACCGAGCAGGUCAGGGUGCUCAACGAGUCUAAGACGCCUCCUUUCUACAUCAACGAGGAGAGCGAAGUUGACGAGCUGAUCCGCAUGAAGUACCGCUUCCUCGAUCUGCGCCGUCAGUCCAUGAGGGACACCAUCAUCAUGCGGCAUGAGGUUGUGCGCUAUAUUCGCAACUUCCUGAGUGAUCGAGGGUUCCUCGAAGUGGAGACGCCCAUCCUCAUCAAGAGCACGCCGGAGGGCGCGCGCGACUACCUCGUGCCGAGCCGCAUCUACCCGGCAAGUUCUACGCGCUGCCGCAGUCGCCGCAGCAGUUGA